AUGUUUCAUGUAUCCAUGACAGGACACAACUCAACAACAGGUCCCACAGUCAUGCUGGUCCAACUUCCCAAUGGACAGACAGUUCAGGUCCGCAGUGUAAUCCAGGCUCCACAUCCUUCUGUCAUCCAGACUCCACAUCCUUCUGUCAUCCAGACUCCACAUCCUUCUAUCUCCAACAUAGCAGAACGUGAGGAUUCUCAGAAGUCAGUAGACAGUGUGACUGUGUCUCAAAAAAGCAGAGAGAUUCUGUCACAACAAACUUCAAAUGGGAAAAUCCUGAAUGGCCUUUCAUCCGUGCUGGAUGUUCCUUGUAUCAAGGGGGGGAAGGUGGAGGAGGAUUUGUUUGCUGUGUCUGCCACACCCACAAUUAUCACAGAUACUCCACACAUCCCCACAUCCAUCUACCACAUCAGCAGUGGCCAAUACAUUGCAAUUACACAAUGUGGGGCCAUUCAACUUGCUAAUAACAUCACAGAUGGGGUCCAGGGCCUUCAAACUCUGGCCUUGACUAACGCAGCAGCAGCUGCCCAGCCUGGAGCCACGGUCCUCCAAUAUGCACAGACCAGUGAUGGCCAACAGAUACAGGUUCCCAGUAACCAGGUGGUUGUCCAAGGUGAGAAUGAGCAUCACUCAUUCAUUUUCUCCCGAUUUAUUCUCGACAUGAGUGUCACAGGGUUUGCUGUGCCAAUCUCAGCUGGCAUGACACAACCUGCCACAGACAAUCUCUCCUGCAAACGGGAGGUCCGCCUCAUGAGGAACAGAGAGGCAGCCCGUGAAUGUCGCAGGAAGAAGAAGGAGUAUGUUGAGUGUCUGGAAAACCGAAUGGCCAUCCUGGAGAACCAAAACAAGACUCUAAUUGAAGAACUUAAAGCCCUUAAAGACCUUUACUGCCACAAAUCUGAGUAA